UUUUGUGCGCUCUCAGGUUACGCGUCUGAAGUUGUGGAGAAGAGGAGACUGAAGACAUCCAGACACUUCAAGGAGGAGGAAACUAAAGGCUCACUUCUUUUUGCUUCAUUCUUAACGCUGGGAAUUACAAUUAAGCCAUCGGACGGCGGCUGAGGAAAAACGCAAGGAAAACGAGUUUGUAGCAUUUAACUGGGAAACCAAGCAUACCCAACAGUAUGCGGUGCAGUUAUGGCAGGCAAGGGUAAGACAGUCGUAAGGACGCUGGAGGAUUUAACGCUUGAUUCUGGUUAUGGUGGAGCCGCGGACUCGGUCAGGUCGUCCAGCGUGUCGCUGUGCUGCUCUGACACGCAUCAGUCCGUAUCGGCUGGGGGCAACUGCUGGCAUCUGACGGAAUCCAUGCACAGCAGACAAAACAGUUUGGACACAGUGAACACCGUCCUGGCGGAGGACACGGAGAUACUGGAGUGCUCGGGUCAGUGCGCCAAGCUGCCCGAGCUGGAGGACGUGCCAUGGAGCCUCGGCGAGGUGGAGGGCGCACUGAGGAAAGACGAGGAGCUCAUGGUGGGCGACCCGCCACCGGAGGUCUUGGCGCGGCUGUCUGCUCUCAUCAGCCGCGCGUUGGUGAGGGUAGCCCGGGAGGCGCAGCGGCUCUCCCUGCGCUACGCCAAGUGCACCAAGCACGAGAUCCAGAGCGCCAUCAAGGUGGUGCUAUCAUGGACCAUCUCCGUCAACUGCAUCACGGCGGCUCUGAGCGCCCUGUCCCUCUACAACAUGAGCACCGGGGACAAGUUCAGCCGAGGCAAGUCGGAGCGCUGCGGGCUGGUGUUCUCCGUGGGGAAGUUCUUCAGGUGGAUGGUGGAUAGUCGGGUGGCCCUGAGGAUCCACGAACACGCGGCCAUAUACCUGACCGCGUGCAUGGAGAGUCUGUUCAGAGAGGUGUUCAGCCGCGUCCUGCGCAGCGCGCUGGUGGAGAGGGACAACGGGAUCCCCAAGUUUACGCCGGAGUCACUGGAGCAAGCCAUCAGCAACGACUCGGAGAUCUGGGGGCUGCUGCAGCCCUACCAACACCUCAUCUGCGGCAAGAAUUCAAGUGGUGUGCUGAGCCUGCCGGAGAGCUUGAACCUGCACCGGGACCAGCAGCGCUCGGGGAGGGGCGGGGAGUGUCCGGGGUACACGCAGGCCGAGCUCCGCACGCUGGAACAGUCGCUGCUCGCAACGCGGGUGGGCAGCAUCGCAGAGCUGAGUGAUUUGGUGGCCCGGGCCAUGCACCACCUGCAGCCGCUGCACAUCAAAAACCCAAGCAAUGGGACUCCGGUCCACCAGAAGACCACCACCACGGUCCACUGGGAGCCCGAGGCCCUCUACACCCUGUGUUACUUCAUGCACUGCCCACAGAUGGAGUGGGAGAACCCCAACGUUGAGCCCUCUAAAGUCAGCUUACAGACCGAGAGGCCAUUCCUGGUACUGCCUCCGCUGAUGGAGUGGAUCCGGGUGGCGGUCGCCCACACAGAGCAUCGGAGGAGCUUCUCCGUCGACAGCGAUGACGUGAGGCAGGCGGCCAGGCUGCUGCUCCCCGGAGUGGACUGUGAACCCCGACAGAUCAAGGCCGAGGAUUGUUUCUGCGCCACCAGGAAACUGGACGCGGCGUCCACAGAGGCCAAGUUCCUGCAGGAUCUGGGCUUCAGGAUGCUGAACUGCGGACGGACGGACCUGGUGAAGCAGGCGGUGAACCUGCUGGGCCCUGACGGCAUCAACAGCAUGAGCGAGCAGGGGAUGACCCCGCUCAUGUACGCCUGCGUCCGCGGCGAUGAGGCCAUGGUCCAGAUGCUGCUCGACGCCGGGGCCGACAUCAACAGCGAGGUGCCAAGCACAGUAAACAAGCACCCCUCAGUUUAUCCUGAAACGCGCCAGGGGACGCCUCUCACUUUCGCCGUGUUACACGGACACGUCCCUGUCGUGCAGUUGUUGCUGGAUAACAGAGCGAAUGUGGAGGGCGCCCUGCAGGAUGGGGCCGAGAACUACACGGAGACCCCGCUUCAGCUGGCCGCUGCUGCAGGAAACUUUGAGUUGGUGAGUUUGCUUCUGGAGCGAGGGGCCGACCCCAUGAUCGGGACCAUGUGUCGAAACGGCAUCUCCUCGGCCCCGCUGGGAGACAUGAACUCCUACAGCCUGGCAGCAGCACAUGGCCACAGGAAUGUGUUCCGGAAGCUGUUGGCGCAGUCGGAGAAGGAAAAAGGGGACGUCCUGUCCCUGGAGGAGAUUCUCGCCGAGGGUUCGGAUCCGAGCGAGAAGAGGCUGGUGCCGCAGGCCAACGGCGGCGGCGGAGGAGGAGGAGGGACCCUGCGAACAGGAAAGGCCAGACUGAGGGCCCUGAGAGAGGCCAUGUACCAUAGCGCAGAGCACGGCCAUGUGGACAUCACCAUAGACAUCCGCAGCUUAGGCGUUCCCUGGACGCUGCACACCUGGCUCGAGUCCCUGCGUACCUGCUUCGUCCAGCACCGCCGGCCGCUCAUCCAAGGCCUGCUCAAAGACUUCAGCUGCAUCCAGGAGGAGGAGUACACGGAGGAGCUCAUCACACACGGCCUGCCGCUCAUGUUCCAGAUCCUCCGAGCCAGCAAGAACGAGGUGAUCAGCCAGCAGCUGUCAGUCAUCUUCACUCAGUGCUACGGGCCCUUCCCCAUCCCUAAGCUGACAGAGCUCAAGAGGAAACAGACCUCACGCUUAGACCCUCACUUCUUGAACAACAAAGACAUGUCCGACGUCACGUUCCUGGUGGAGGGGAAACCCUUUUAUGCACAUAAAGUUUUGCUGUUUACAGCUUCACAGAGGUUCAAGUCGCUGCUACAGAAUCGACCAGCAGCAGAGAACACCUGCAUUGAGAUAAGCCACGUCAAGUACAAUAUAUUCCAUCUGGUCAUGCAGUAUCUGUACUGCGGAGGCACCGAGUCCCUGCACAUACGCAACACUGAAGUGAUGGAGCUCCUGUCUGCAGCCAAAUUCUUCCAACUAGAGGCCCUUCAGAGACACUGUGAGAUCAUCUGCUCCAAGAACAUCACCACCGAGACCUGCGUGGAUCUGUACAAACACGCCAAGUUCCUCGGCGCCUCGGAGCUCACCGCUUUCAUCGAGGGCUACUUCCUGAAGAACAUGGUGCUGCUGAUUGAACUAGACGGCUUCAAGCAGCUGCUAUACGAGGCUCCGCCGCCCGAGAGCCCCGCCUCCAGUCCCGGCAUCUGCUCCGACAUCCUCCUCGAGCUGGAGAAAAAUCUGGCCAUGCGAAUCCGCUCCAUCCACCUCUCCACCUCCAAGGGCUCCGUGGUGUGACAACAUCGUCUCCCAGAAGCCCCUUUUCGAUCCAGGCACACAGCAUCCAUGUAACGCCAUUUUCAACGACCGGUGCCCCCUAUAGACCAUAUUAACACGACGGCCCUUUUGCUCUUAGGUCAUGCUCAGGGAGGGAAGCUCGGAUGCUUUUAUGAUGUCGCACUUCUGGUUCAUUGUUGGGAGUCACACAGGAUUUGGAUAUCCAACUGAAAAUACGAACAACAGUGAAAAUCUUGAGGAACAAGUGAACAUAUUUAUAAGAACAAACAUCGUAUUUGAUAACCAAAAAACUAAAAACAUCAUUAGCAUUCAGGGCAUUUACUAGAUAUAACUUUCCUUAGCUAGCACUACUAACACUAGUAGCAUUUCAUGAUAGAAGAGAUGAGGCAUAAAUCCGUAGCUAACAUGAUGUUGGCUACAAAUCUAAGGGAGGGGUUAAAAGGCUAGCAUUAGCUGUUGUCUCACAGUAGCUAAUGGGUUAGCAUAUAUUUUGUCUUUCUUUAAACAUUACUCAAAGCCUCUCUGGACGUCUGACGAUAUAGUAGUACAUUAGCAGUCAUCAACUUCCUAGCUAACAUUGCAAUUUUAUCGCGGUUAAUUCGGAAAUGUGAAAAUUCCAAGGUUAUGUAGCUAGCAUGUUUGCUAGCUAGGACAUGCUAGGUUAGCUGUUAUGGCUCAGCUGCCAGGUGCUAGGUAUUUGUUGAUACGUAUAUUAGCUGAUGUGACUUAGCUGUCAGUGCUAUGCUGAGGUAUUACUUUACAACCUGGAAUACAGUAGGCCAGGGAUGGGGCAACUUUGGUCACGGCAAGGGGCCACAUUCAUUUAAUUCUCACCACCAGGGGGCCAAAUUGUAGAAUACAAAAACGAUUACAGUCGAUUAUGUCUCAAAUUUAACUCAACAUAUACCAGUGAUCAAGUAUUAUUAUGGGCAUAUUUCUGGUUUUCAUGAUUUCAUGGCAGAUUUUGUCAUGUUUUUCUUCAUGUUUCCAAUUAAUUGAUAUGUAAAAAUUGACCUGAGGGCCACGUUGAGGGUUAAUGGGGGCCACGUGUGGCGCCAGUUGCCCACCUCUGCAGUAGGCUAUAGUAGUACAACAUUAUAAAAAGUAUUUGAGCUUCUCCCCUGAGUUUGACGUCAGAUCAAAUCGACUACAGCAGCACUCGUCUGUCCUGGCCCUGAAGAGGGGCUGUUGGAUUUUUUUACGUCAGGGAUUCCCUUUAAAUCUCCCACCGGGGGAGUCAGAUCUGGCAUGUGUGACAAAGUCAGAGUGAGAACUUUCUCGCCUUGUCUCCUAAUUGCUCCCACUUCUAACUAAACACUCCUACAACAACAAAAAAACUGUCAAAAAAAAAACAUAACUGACUUGACCCAGCAGGAUCACUCAGACCUAAUAGUGAUUAUGGUAUUUCAUAUAGGCCUAAGAGAAAUGCAUGAAAUACAUUCUGUACACCUUUUUGCUUAAAAAGGUAGAGUAGAAAUUUAACACAAUAAAAGCAGCUUUCUCAUCGUCUUAAGAUAUGAGACUUUGGUUUACAUUCAACAUCACUUCAUGGACAAAGAUUUAAACACAUGCCAAAAUAUAAUCCUCCUAUAAAUACAAUAAAAAGUGACUAGUAGCAACCCCAGGAGACGGACUUUAGGUGGACUCGUUUGAACCUCUUUACUGUCCGUCUGUCUCUUGUUUGUUGGACGCGUUUCACUGUGUUAUAUCUAAACUGUGUGCAGAGGCCAAACUGAUCACAGGAACUUCCACUGAGGCCGACACUGCAGCGCUGAUUCAACUAAAGUCGGCCCACUCAGUGAACUCUAUUGCUGACAGAUGCUUGAAAACACGGAUGUCCAACUGGGAAAUUAACUCCACGAACACACUGUUGACUUUUUUUUUUUUUUUUUUUUUUUGCAUGACACCUACUCAACUGAGCUGCCCUGAUAUUUGCUUUUUAUGCAGAGCUUAACUUCACGGACCACUUUCUCAAAGUUGAAGUAAGGGGGAAAACGCUGCUUAUUAAAACUUUCUAUCCACUGCAAAACUGACUGAGCGGGAUUUUAUUUUUUGGAGAUGGAUUUGGAUUUGGCAGGGACUUUCUCUUUCAAGGAUAUUUAAAACGCAAAGUGUAAAUACGUCCUCAGAGUCAUCGUUGCUGGUCGUUCUUUUUUUUUUUGUAAUCUGAUGUACAGUAUUCUCCCACACUCGCUCGGCUGAUGACACCAGUCUCAUUUGAAUGUGCUCCCUGAAACCGUUUGUUUCCCUGCUCUGUGUCUUGUUUAUGCAAACGUUGCAUGUUUAACCUGUUUGUUUGAAUCCUCUGUUUUCUCCUCUGUAGGUGUGCUGUCUGUGUAGAUCCGUAGGGCUGAGUACGGUGACGAUUGUUCCAGUCGAAGUUCAAUCAGUUGAUUUCUGAGACAUUCCAAAUGAUCAGGGUAGAUUACAAGAGCCAUUUUGUUUUAGAAGUUCUCAAUAACUCAUUAUUUGAAAGAUAGUUUAGAGGUUGACUCACAUUCAAACUUUCUACAAGGGUAAAACUUUUCAAAGUUAGAUAGUUUGAGGAAAAGUUCAAAAUGUGAAAGCAGCAUGAGCAUGAAAGAGAGUUCAUCCUGUUACUUCAAACCCAGUUAAUUUUCUUUAGUCAACAAAUUUCAAAUGUAAAGCAACAACAUCUUUAAACUAAAGCCAAAAGGGGGGUCAAGACUCAAACACCUGAUGUAAGAACCACUUCAGUAAAUGAUGAGAAAAACAUCCUUUAAAGUCUUUAUAUGUGAUUUUUCACACUUAAAUAUAAAUCAAGUAUAUCCUCUGAAAAUAACUCUGUGAGUCAUGACUGUCUACAAUGGGUGUAACACCCGAGUCCCACUGUCUGUGAUGUUUUCAGAGUUUUCAGAGUCCUAUCUUCACUUUGUUUACAUCGCCAGGACGGCCGGCUGACUCCUCCCCUCGUGUAUAAAAGUUGUUUAAUUGAGGGACUAGAGAAAAGAAGAAUAACAUACUGUACUCACUGCUUAACUGUGUUUCUAGAUCACGCUCAUUUCAGGUAAAUUUACAUGCAGUGUGAAGAUACAAGCAUAAUAAAGAUCGCUAGCAUUAGCAUGCUAACACAACAAUGCAGCGCGAGUUGUUUUGGUUUCAUGCUGGUGCUCAAGGGCGACGUCUGCUGGAUCAAAAAAUCACAUAUAAAGCCUUUAAGUGAGACCGAUGAUAGAUGUCCAAGAGUGAAGCUCACAAAUAGAGAUUUAAAACAAAUGUAAGGAGAAGUUUUAAAAAAGAAGGAUAAAGUGGACAAUCCAAAAUAAGGCAAUAAGAGGGAGGUUUAGGGGAGGCGGCUCAAACUUUAAACAAGUCCGAGGCUGUUUCUGAAAUCACUCACUGUUCACUAUAGUGCACCAUGUAGUGAACAUUUUGUAGUGUUGUCGGAAUUCUGAGUGAGCAUUAUCAUCCCCCAUAUAGUCCACUCAUUGUAUCCCACAAUGCAUUGGGAAAAGUAGUGUACAAUCAGUGGUCAUUAUCUAAGCAAUAUAUCCCAUCAUGCAUUGCGGUUCACAGAUUUUUUUUGCAAGCAGAAAUAGGAGAUACCAGAAAAAAGUCGUAUUUAAGGCGUUUUUUUACAGAAAUCAAGACGCUGUUUUAAGAAAGAGUAAAAGAUGGUCAGCUGAAUAAUUUAAGUUUGUCCUAAUGAUGAUGAAAGACACGAGACCAGAGUCUGUAGGAACACAGGAAAGAGUUUGGGUGUGAAAUAUUAUGAAUCAUUUAUUCAUAAUUUAAUAUUUAUUCACUAUUUUUUAACUAUUUUGUGAAGUUAUCACUGAAAUUCAUGCCGUUAUUUACCGUUAAUAUUGAGUUGGAUGAGUGCACUGUAUAGUCCACAACAUAUAACAUACAGUAUAUUGAGAGUAGUGAAUGAGUGAGUGAUUUGGGGCACAGCCUGAGUGUUGUUCACCAUCAUUUUUGUGCCAAUCGGCUCAGGUGUUUUGAGAUUUGGCUCAGGUGUGCGAGAUCUGCCUCCCCUGCAGCUUAAGCACAAAGAUGUGUUGUUUCAUUUCCUGAAAGCCAGGACACAAACGUCUCUUAAUUACCUCAGUGCAAAAGCAUAUUCAAAAUUCAACCUUUUGUUUCACCUUCUUUUCUUUUUCUUCCUACAGACCUGUCCACCAGGUGUUGCAUUAGAUAACACUUACCCGUUGUAAAAGGACCAAAUGCUAAAGCAGACGCAUUGUUCUGAAUGAUGCACACUAGCCAAAAAAGGAAAAAAUACAGAGAGCCAGUUUCAGCAUACGUCUAAAUUCAGGUGAAAAAGCCCACAGUGUAUUUUAUGAAUGUAACGAUGCAACAAAGGAAAUAUUUAUAAAUUGUGCGAUGUCUCCAAAAAGACGCUUACAAUGCAAAUGUCUCCUCAUACUUUGUGAUGUUGUUUCGACUUAAAUCCGACGGUAUCUUCAAGUAAAAGACAAAUCUAAGACUUAAAUAUUGUAGCACUUCAAAAUGAUGUGAACAUUUGUUCGGGCCAAACAAAGACAAAGCUGUAAAACAGAUAAAGCUAACAGUUCUGUUUAUGUAGUUUACAGAAAAUGAGAUAUAGAUAUUAUCCUGCGACUUUAUUUUCUUACAGUACAUAGCAGUAUAUAUAUUUUAUUUUACAUUCCACAAAUAUUUUGUUUUAGAAAAGUAUAAAAGAGGAUAUAAAAAGACGCUUUAAAUGUCUGAAAUUAAGCAAUAUUUCCAUGCAGUACGAAAACAGGCCACAGGGAAAGAAGCUACAGUAUAAAUGUGAAUUUAAAGACUGAUAACAUAAACAAGGGACGGAAAAACCAUGAAUAUACUUUUUUAUUUCUAUUAGGGCCCGACCGAUUUGCAAUUUUUGGGGCCGAUACCGAUAAACAUUCGAUACCGAUAUAUUGGCCGAUAAAUUAGAUCUAUCCUUCAUUAAUAGAAAUAGAUAUAGAUAUACACAUAUAUUGUGUUGAUCCCUCAAAUGCAGUUAUUAAACACAACUGGCAUGUACAGUACGUGAAUCAAUGGUCGACUCUCACCAGCAAAGCUAGCUGUAUGGAUUACAACAAGCAUCAUCACUCUUCAGCCAGAAAGAGAACUGAUAGUGUAAUACAAUGAAACUGAAUCUGACUGGUGAAUAAAUCGACAAAUAUCGGUGCGUAAAUGCGAUAAAAUUAGCCGAUACUGAUAGUCACUUGACUUGCUAACAUCGGCCGAUAUUAUCGGCUGGCCCAUAAAUCGGUCGGGCUCUAGUUUCUAUAUUUGUGGCAUCCCACGCUGUGUUUUCUUUUUAACUGUAUUUCAUUCACUUUAAAAGAAUAUAUAUUUGACUUCAAGUCUUGAGGUCACACCCUGAAAGCUUUUUAACUUAUUAAGGCUGAUCCUUGUUAACAUAUAUGUUCCUUUACAUAUUCAUGCCCUCGUUUGAAUUCAAACGUCCUAUUUAAAGGAGAAACGUAACUUCAAGAUGCAAAUCAUUUCGUCUCCAUGGAGAAGAAAAGGUUCAUAAUGAUGUCAAGCACUUUCUGUGCCAGUGUUACUGUAGCCUCAUGAAAGCAUCUGAGCUCGGUGAGCUUCAUUAAAGUCUUGUUGUGUUCCUAACAGCAGCUGAAUAUGGUGUUAGAGUAUAAAUAAACCAAAAGACUUUAAUCUGUUUUUUUUUUUUGUUUUUUUUUAUAUUAGUCUUAAUGUUAGCUUGCCCCCGUGCCGGUGCUUUGAUUGGAAACUGGGUCAAAGCCGUAGAGUAAAUGUCGGUUCGCAUGGCUCUCCUUGUUUAAUGUUGUUGAGAAUGUGCUCCGUCUCCACACGACUCUCCCAUCACUUUGUCUGAGCGUUUCUUUGCCUGCGUAUAUUUGUUCCUGGUAAUAAACCACAUCUCUCCUAGAUGCAGUGGAAACAUGCAUGGGAUCUUCACUCAAAUCCACAAGGGGGGGGGGGGGGGGGGGAUGAACUUUUGCUAUGAUUUUUCCUUUGAUGAGAACAUGUAUAUUGUACAAAAUAUAUAUAAAUAUAUGAAAUAUAAAUUAUACAUGGUGUGAGAAGCAGGGAUGUGGUGGAGUAUAACAACAAACAGGAAUGUUACACUCGUGCUACACUUUCUGUGGUUCCAUGACAUGCUUUUGUGGACAGCUAAUAAACGACCAGAGUUUAACCAAA